UGUUGAACCUUGUUCCCUGUAAAGGACAAAAAUACUCCAUAAUACUACUCCUUGCAGACCCAGAUGUUCGAUAAGCGGGCGGUCUUCGAAAGCUUCCCCCACCUGUUCGACUCUCAACAGCGACAAUCGCAUGUCUCUGGUCGAUUUGCCCUCGACAAAAUGUUGUACUGCGUCAAAGAAUUUUUUCGGUCUAAUCGCACUGUCUGCAUCCUCUCGUGACCUCUCCAUGAUCUUGUUCGACGCGUGAAUGCGGGCAAUUCUCCGCGAUACCAAGACAGACACCUCACACUUCUAAACCCGUCACCAUGAUCAAAGCGAUCUUCUACAGCAAAUUCGACACCUUGGAGGGUCCUAAGGUCGUCCACCAAGUCCCCGAUGGAGCCAUUGUCCCCUCCGCAACCGCUCCCUCGCAACCGCUCUUCCUCACUUUCUCCGACAUUUCGUUCUUUGUGAUUCCCCGCCAGGAACUCUGCGGCAAUCUUAUCCAGGUGUGCUCGAAUGGCUAUCGCAUACUGGGGUACCCAAUCUGCAUGUCAUCGCCGCGGUACGACCGGAACGAGUUCAUCUUCAACUUCUGUAUCGUCUUGGCCGAAGAAGAGGAUUUCAGUACAUACCGGAGUGUGGUGCAGAAGCUUGCAGAUCUCAUGCAUGGCUUGGAGGAGCAGAAUGGGUUUCUUUCGCGAGAUUUCUCCAAGAGCGGUGAGGGAAAGGUGUACAGCCUAUGCGAGAUGAUGAUGGAGGACUUGAACAACUACUGCGAAUGCAUGAUUCCAAUCGAUGAGUUGAAUACUCUCAACAUUAAGCUUUUCCCGAGCUAUCACCCACCCCCACCAGUCAAGGCGUGGCAUGUUCCGCUGUUCACUGUCCGCUACCAUGCAUUUAUGGAUGACAACUGGGACCUGACGAUGCAAAGGAUCGUUCCGUACAUUAAUGGUGUCAACAGCGUCCGCAUAAUUUCAAUACUGGCCAACGCCGACUUCUCCCUUACCUGCCGUGCCAUCCGCCAUCUUCUGUACUACGGGUGUCUAUUCAUUCUAGACAUCUUCUCGUUCUCUGCCAUCUAUGCCGUUACUGCCCAGUUCAAUAGUACCAUCGCAUCGGACGAAGAGAUGCAGCAGGAAUGUGCCCGAUACGUCAACACCCGCUUUUCUCCACACCAUGGCCUGAACAUAGCACCGCCUACCGGGCCAGGCUCUGUCGGAGGUCCCAUGUCAAGCUCCCGCAAUGAAAUGAUCCCAGUGAUCUCUAACGGGCACCACCCAGACUUAGACGACGUGUGGCCGGCCAUUGGUGAUGCCGUAGGCGAAACCAGCACAAGCAGUAAGGGCAGUAUAAACAUAGGACCCGAAAGCCGGGAUAUCGUGGACGGUGUUGGGAUAGUCGAGCUCUACGCAAGCCUGAGGCAAGGCCAGAACGUCAAACAGUGGUAUCUCCAACACAGCCGGCAACUGGCCAACAUCGAUAUCCGCCGCUUCAUCACCUUCGGCAUCAUCAAGGGGUUUCUCUACAGAGUACACAAGUACGCCAUUGCGACGGGGAACCCGGCUCCCCCUCUCAAGUCGGAGGCCUCGACCGCCAACAAUUCUCAGCCGGUUUCGUCAGCAUCCACGGUCAGAGACGGAGGUGCCGUGAGUCCAUAUGCUGGCAGUGUGAUCGAUGAGUCCGGGCCUAUCCCUGGGGGCAUGGUUACUAGUCGUCCAGUGAGUGAUCGCGGAGACGGUCAUAGCCGGGAGCCCUCUGCGUCUCUUCGCAGUGGGAGUCGAAACGGCGCCCCGGAUGAAGAUGAAGAAUCAAUCGACGACAGGGCGCUAUCUAAGUAUCUGGAUGGGAAGCAUUCUUUCGAUCAGAUCUGCACAGAGCUACAAAUAAGCGAGAAAGAACUGACUGGAAGGCUGAAGCGGUAUCACGGGGAAAUCCUGAUCAUCCAUAGAUGAUGAGGAGGACCAAGAUUGAUCAAUCAGUCAAUGCAGGCAAUUUGACGAGAAUCUACCCAAGAAAAGAAAUACAAUUGAGCAGCCUUGCAUCAAUUGGUAUCUUCUGUAUAAUAUGUCUAAAUGGAUACAAAAAGAUACUGAGUCAUGAGAUAUGUCGAGAAAGAACAACCUUAGAAUACUGAGGUGUGUUCGCCAAUCAGGCUGAGGUUCAACUUUUCGAUCUUCCGUCUGGUUCUCA